CGAACGGGGAACGUCGCAAGCAAAGAGAGGCAGAACGGCAUCUCGCCGCGGGUCCGGCAGGUCGGUGUGCCAAGACCGAACGAAUCAGGGGUCCAACUUACCCAAACACUUGCCGAAGCAGCCUCAUCGACUCGAGCUGUUGUAUUGACGAUCACAUGCCGAAUUGUCCUUGGCCAGGAACUUGGGUAUGACCAUUACCGAAUCUGAGCUUGCCGAUAGAGUCAGCGCAACAAGAGCAGCGUCGUGGCCAUCAACUCGCUCAGCAAGCCGGCCACCACGCCAAGGCAUGGUGUCCCUCUGCCGAACCGGUCAGGAUCGCUCGCCCAUUCCAAGUUGGCGACGAUCUUUCUUCAAUACGUACAUAUAACGAGGUCGCCGUUGAUGAUGAUGGUGCGAUCAAAGCUGGAAACGCUACACAGCGUACGGCUUCCACAUCGAAUCAACAAACACACCCAACAUAUCCACGAUCAUACAACCACAGCGAUGCGAGCAGCAAUCAAGCACCACCUGAACGUCAACCUUCUGGUCGUCCUAUUCCUCGUCUCCGUCAUUGGUGCCGCCAUCUCCGGCAGCUUUAUCCGUUACACCACCUCAAACUUCUGGGGCGAGUCGGUCGGGCCGUGUAAGCUCAGGACGGGCAGUUUCUUGUGUCCCGAUACCGCAGCACUGACCAGAUGGCGUCUAACCCUUUCAGUGUAUAACGACAGGACCGGUCGAUGGUACUACUCGCAAGGGACUAUCGGUCAUCGAUAUUAUCACGCUACCGGCGCCAUCCUAGCGGGGUUCAUUUUGAUCUGGAUUGCCAGCGCGUCAUUCUUGGUCGCCAACCUCGGCACGAUCGGACGAAGCGAGAACAGACUUACUGGGCUAGGCUUCGAGUGCGGCAGCCUGCUGCCCGGCUGGACUGUACUCUUGAUCGGCGUCGCCGUCUUCACCACUAAUGUUCAAUGGCAGCGAUGUAUCAGCCAACAGUUCUGCGGACUAGCUCGGGCGACACUAGGUGUUGCAUGGGGAACGGUGGGAGUCACCUUGCUUGCGAUCUCGUGCUUGAUCUACCUCGGUCGGUGUCGCUCUCCAAUCGACAACCGGACUGGAUGGUGCCGAUCCACUCUGGCCGGGAUGCAAGAGGAAGCGGACCCGCUCCGGACGGGCAAGAGAGACCGCCUUCCCAGCAACGACGGUGCGGAGCCCCAAGGCAUUUGAUGUAUCGAGCGCUUCACAAUGACCAGUAGGUGAUGAUCGGAG